CCUAAUUUGAAAUGUUCAGUUGAACCUCUCCUAUCUCAUUUUUGCUCUUUUUUCCCUCUCACUCGAACACGACACGACACCACACCGUUUUAUGUACUACUUACACACCACCAACUAUUCAUUCAUUCUUCUCCUUUUCCUUCUCUCUCUCUCUCUCUAUUUCUGUGUAGUACUAGAAGUAAUGAACAUGGAACCCGAUUUGAUUAAAACCACGACGAACCGAGCUGAACCGGGUUCGUCCAAGAAGAACAAUGAUCAUUUCAGAACAGAGGUUGACACGUCAGCUCCCUUUGAAUCGGUGAAGGAAGCUGUUAACCGGUUCGGCGGUGUUGGUUACUGGAAACCCCUUUACAACAAUCUUCCAUCUCCCACUUCUCAUUCUAAGCAGCACCACAUAGAAGAGCUUGAUGGGGAGAAACUGGAGGAGCAAGCAAGGGUGUUGGAGAAAGAACUGAUCCUGAAAGAAAGGGAGACUCUUGAUGUAUUGAAAGAAUUGGAAAAGACCAAAAGGCUUGUUGAAGAUUUGAAAUCAAAGCUGCAGAAGGAAGAAUCUGAAGCGAAUUUGAACAAUCAAAGAUUGAUUGUAGAGGAGAAAGAAGUAAAGGAAAACCAAUCAACCAAGUAUGAGGUAUAUCAACCGAUGAAGGAAUGUUCUAUACCUUCGCAUUUAUCUUCUCCAGACUUGAUACUAAUGGAAUUGAAGCAGGCCAAGUUGAACCUAACCAAAACAACUCAUGAUAUUGCCGAUGUACGAGCUACUGUUGAUUCCCUUAAUAAGAAACUAGAAAAAGAAAGGAUCUCACUUGAGAAAACCCGGGAGAGGUUAACUCAAAAUUGUUCAAAAAUGUCUUCUCUUGAAGAAGAGCUAAACAAAACCAGAUUAAGACUGCAAGUGGCAAAAGGUGUUGCUUCUGGUGAUCCUUCAGAUGUUACAGUAGAGCUUGAGCGAUUGAGUUCUGAAGCCGAGCAUUUCAGAAAAAGGAGAGAAUCAGCAAAAUUGGAAGUUUUGAAAAAAAUGUCUGAGAUUGAGCUGACAACAGCAAUGAUAAGAACUGCAGAACUCAGGUUGGUUGCGGCGAGGAGAACGAAGGAAGCUGCUAGAACUGCAGAAGCUGCUACCAUUGCUGAAAUUGAUGCAUUGUCUAAAUCUAUCAACGAAGGUUCACAACAAGAGUGCAUGCAGAAGCGAAUAACUCUUUCAUUGGAAGAAUAUACUACUCUGACCCAAAAAGCUCGAGAUGCAGAGGAACAAUCUAAAAAGAGAGUGGCAGACGCAAUGCUUGAAGUUGAUGAAGCAAAUUCAUUACAAACGAAUAUUUUGAAAAGGGUAGACGAAGCGACAGAAGAAGCUAAAACCUGCAAGAAGGCCCUAGAAGAAGCUCUAGAAAGGGUAGAGGCUGCAGAUAGAGGGAAACUAGAAGUCGAAGAGGCUUUAAGGAAGUGGCGAUCCGAUAGUCACAAAAGGCGUUCUUUGACGAAUAACUCUACAAAGUUUAAAAACUCCGGUCCGUCUGAACAUAGGAGAGAUUUUAGAUUACUUGAUGUAAAUGGAUUGAACUUAGUAAACGAUGAAGCCAAACCUGUUUUGAUGCCGACUCUAUCAAUCGGGCAAAUAUUGAGCAGGAAGCUUCUUAUGCCGGAAGUGUUUGAAGGAGGGAUGAUGCAUGGAGAAAGAAUCUCGGUGAAACGGAAAGUGUCAUUAGGACAGAUGCUUGGCAAACACAAUGAUGUUCAAUUGGUUGAUGAUCAAAUUGAGAAAGAAAAUGGUCAGAAGCAGUUUUCUGCUAAGAGAAAGAAAUUUGGGUUUGCAAGGUUCUCACUUCUUUUGUCAAAACAGCAUAAGAAGAAGAGUAAACAAAUGCUGAAUUUGAGGUGAAUAGCACUGACAAGGGAACGUUUUUUAUUUCACUCUAUUUAGCAGAACCAAGAUGCAUCACUCUUUUAUUUUAAUGUGGUAAUAGAGAAUAUAAUUUAUAUGUUCAGUUAUGUUAUUCCCCGCAUUUUACAAUUAUUUUCUGUGGUAUUUAGGUUACUUUGAAAAA